AUGGAGUUCCCAUUUUUUCAUGGUAAGAUAACGAGAAGAACCUGUGAAGAACGGCUGAACAAGAAUGGAAAGAAUGGGAGCUACUUAAUACGAGAGAGUGAGAGUGUGGAAGGAGCCUUGUGCCUCUGUGUUUUAUUCGAAGAGGUUGUCUACACUUACCGUAUCUUCAGGGAAUACCAGGGACAUUUUAGGAUACAGACUUCUGAAGGUGUUCCACAGAAGAUCUUCAAAACAUUAAAGGACCUCAUAUACAGUUUUGAAAAGCCAGGUCAAGGACUAGUGAUAAACCUCCGCUACCCAGUAAAGAAACCAAAGGACUCACAAAGAAGCCAGAGGCUCAAGUCAGGAAAGGACACCAUUUAUGAUGAAAUUGAUGACAGUGACUAUGUCUCUGUCCUACCCUGA